AUGAAUCGGAUUCUGAUCUGUACUUUCGUCGUCCUAGCAGUAACUCCAUGCACCGGAGCUCAACAACAAUACUCGGGAAACUCAGCGCUCGAUUGCAAGAACACUGACGCCAACGAGCCGCCAUCUCCCGCUUAUCUCUACACCUGCAACGGGCAGCUGUUCACUUGCAGGGCGUUUCUGAUCUUCCGGGCAAGGUUUCCGUUCAACACUGUCCCCGCCAUUGCAGCUCUCCUGUCAUCCAACGCCUCAGAAAUAGCGCGACUGAACGACGCCUCAAAGCUGACAGCUUUCCCGGGAGACGAGGUUGUCGUCCCGGUGAAAUGUUCCUGUUCAGGUCAGUACUACGCAGCAAAAACCUCGUACGAGAUCUUAUCCCCCGACCAAACAUAUUUCACCAUAGCGAAUACUACUUACCAAGGCCUGUCGACGUGCCAGUCACUUGAAGCAGAAAAUGUAUACGAUGAAUUCAGUCUGAAGCCUGGUUUGGAGCUGCAGAUUCCUCUUCGUUGCGCCUGUCCAACUAAAGAUCAGGUUUUGAACGGGACCAAGUAUCUGCUGACUUACUCGAUUGACUGGGGCGAUAAUAUCGCUGGAAUUGCUGAAAAAUUCAAUGUAAGCACAGGGAAAAUAGUUGCAGGAAAUGGGGUUUCUGCAGAAGAUUCAACUCUGUUUCCUUUUACUACCAUUCUUGUUCCUUUAUCUGGCAGCCCUUCAAUCAAAUCUCAAAACAGCAAAACUCCGAUUUCUCCUCAGCCUGAAUCUGGUGUUUCGAGAAGAAGGUCAAAGAGGGGUGUAUAUAUAGGUAGUGGAGUUGCAGUGGGGAUUUCUGUGGUGAUCUCGGUUAUGGUUAUUUGUGUCGUGUAUCCAUUCAGAAGGACGAAGAAGGAGGGAAAUAAAGCAGAGCCAGUAGAGGAUAUCUUGGUUGAGAUUGCGGGCAUUGAUCGAAGCCUUGAAGUUUUCAGGUUCAAGGACUUGAAAAAGGCUGCUGGAGAUUUCGGUUCCAGGAACAGAAUCAAGGGGUCUUCAGUGUUUCGGGGCGUGUUUAAAGGGAGAGAUGAUGUGGUGAUCAAGAAGAAGAGCACAGAUGCAUCAGAGGAGGUUAAUAUGCUCAACAAAAUCAAUCAUUUCAACCUGGUAAAGCUCCAUGGAUUCUCCGUGCAUCAGGGCUGCUAUUACCUGGUUUUCGAGUACAUGAAGAACGGUUCUCUCAGGGAAUGGCUGAAGAAGAAAACACCAAAAGAAGUUACAGAGAAUUGGUGUCUGAGGAUUCAAAUCGCCAUAGAUGUUGCCAACGGGCUUCAUUAUCUCCACAGCUUCACAGACCCAGGCUACGUUCACAAGAACAUUUGCAGCAGAAACAUUCUCCUCGACUGCAAUUUCAGAGCCAAGAUCGCAAAUUUCAGCUUUACUAAACCAGUCGAAUCGCCCACAACAGGGAGAAUCGCGGGGACUAGAGGAUACCUGGCACGGGAAUAUCUUGACACAGCUUCAGUUACUCCCAAGAUAGACGUAUACGCCUUUGGAGUCGUGCUGUUAGAAUUACUCACAGGGAAGCCCGCUGUUUUUGCCCGUGAAGGCAGGGAAGCAUUACUAUCUGCAGCCAUAGUUUCCAUUCUGAGACGAGAAAAUGCAGAAGCCGAAAUUGCUAAUUUCAUCGAGGCUGACCUCAAACAACAUGGUGGAGUAGAGCUAGCAUUUCAGACCGCAAAAUUAGCCCUGAGAUGCCUGGCAACAGAUCCAGCCGAUCGCCCCACCAUGGGUGAAGUAGUGCCUAGUCUGCUGAAAAUACAAGCAAGCUUACAGAAAUCAUAUCAAGAAUGA